CGUCGUGCGCUCACUAAAAUGGCUUCCGAGAGGUUGGUGACUGAGCAGUUUCAAUUUUUGGGUAUUGAAGUGCAAGAUGAAGUUCUUGCGAAAUGUGUAAGUUUGUGCGAUGAGUACGACAUUGAUGCUGAAAGUCUAACAGAACAAUGGAUGGCAUUCAGUUUAAACCAUUUAAAUGGCGCGGCGCCGACUAUGGAGAACUUGGAUGUGUUUGCGAGGAAGGAAUUUUCCAAGCGGGCUCCGAACUAUCUCAACGCGCCUACUAAAGAAGCCGCCCGAUCGAGCACCGGCUCGACUUUGAUGGUGUAUGGAGCGCCUAUUUCGGCACAGCCAGAGAACGAUGUACUGUCGAAUUAUAUGACUGCAAAUGCAAAGAGAGUAAAAGUGGAGGCAGACGUGAUUCCUGUACAAAAUGAACUUUGUCCAGUCACUUAUUCGCCAUCUGUCAAUCAUUCUGCCAAAUACGCAUCGAGAACAGGGCAGGGGUCAGUGGUACAUUCUCACGGCGACGAAAAGUUGUUAGAAAGACUGCUGAAACCCAAUGGUCUCAAUGACGUUGUAAACCUGAAUAUCACCCUUGUACCUAACGACGAUGGGGACCUUUAUACGAAAUCUUAUUUUGGAUUCGAAUUGCUACACGAGAAAGCAAGCACUUUUGACAAUCACAUUCGCUACGUGUCGCAAUGUAUCAUGAAGAAGGCUGACAUCAAAGACUCCAGUUCAGUAAGACAUAAAUCGCAGGCAAUCGUUUUAUCAUGUGCGAUGAAUACGAAAUGUUUGAGUAUCUGGAAAGUGAUGCUUCACACGAUAAAAAUAUGGAAAAAAUCCCAAGAAGCCAACUGCGAGAUCGUAGUGAUCCGUUUGAAAUGGAUCCACUUUAUGAAAAGGCUUAGCAAAGAUAUGGUCCAUAAUCUUUGCGAUGAACUUAAACACCCACAAAAUCCACCGAAAUAUUGGUUGACACUCAGGUGUCUUAUAAAGCAACGGAUAUAUAUAACAUCAAGUCUAAAAGAUGCGUUUCACGUGAAUAUCUACCCAACGCCGGAAUACGCAAUGCGGCGGAAGCCCGCCAACAUUCAUUUCGUACCAGAUCCUUGUACGCUUAACCUCAGCGGUUUCGUCGUUGGCGUCACUAGCACUGAUGUUCUGAUGCAUAUCAGCCAGGAGGAGAUAUCUCUUGGCACCGGAGGCGACAAACUUGCUCGCCUGGCGGGACACGUACUGUCGCAGCAGUCGUAUUAUCCGCUGUGGCCGCCGCCACCUGGUCAAUGCGUCGACGCUGCACUGUGGGCUGCCCACGCCCAGCUGCCCUGCACACCGCACGUAUUCAUCGUGCCGUCUAACUUCAGAUACUUUGUUAAGGAAGUUAAUGGUUGCGUAGUGGUGAAUCCCGAGCACUUAGCGAAAGGCACAGGCGGCGGUACUUUCGCACGACUGCUUAUUUCAGCCGACGAACAACAAAGGAACAUUGCAGCGCAGAUUGUACGCAUAUAAGUCCCUUUUACGCUAUACACAACGGUAUCAAUAAGCAUUCCAAGUUGUCAGUAACCAAAUAAAAAAUAAAGUGACGAUCAGUAUUGUUCAAUUGUGUAAUUUAUAUUAUACUUAACCUUUUCAUAUUACCUAGCCUUUU